AUGAUGCCUCUCGAGCCGAUUGAUCUGUUCCAAGGACGACCAGCACCAGACCUCCUCCCAACAGAACAUCUCAAAAAUGCCGCUGUCAAAGCUCUUUCUGAUAAAACCGUCUCAGAUCCCGGUUUGGGGUACGGGCCUGACGAGGGGUAUUUCCCAUUGAGACAGAAUAUAGCGAGUUGGUUAUCAAACUUUUAUAGGACCCAACAGCCUAUCGAUGCAGAACGCUUCUGCAUCACAGGCGGCGCAAGUCAGAAUCUAACAAGCAUUCUGACGGUCUUCACUGAUCCUCUUCAGACCAGGAUGGUCUGGCUAGUGGAACCUACCUAUCAUCUCGUUUUUCGCACUUUCGAGGACGCGGGUUUCCAUGAUCAGAUGAGGGGAAUACCGGAGGAUGAGGAGGGUAUGGAUGCCAAUGCUCUCGAGAGAGCUCUGGAGUUAUUCCAGGAGGAAGACAAUUCAACUCCAGAUGCCGAUAAAGUAAGAGAUUCCUUCUCGAACCCCUCGGGUACUACUAUGACUACUUCACGACGUGAGUCACUGGUCAGAAUUGCGCGGAAAUUCGACGCGCUUAUCGUCUGCGACGAUGUCUACGACUUUCUCGGUUGGGAUCUGCAAGAUGUGAAAUCUAUUCCGAGCCCCUUCCAGCGCCUUGUUGAUAUCGAUCGCACUCUCGACGGAGGUCCUUCAGACUGCUUCGGGAAUGUGGUCAGCAACGGCACGUUUAGCAAACUUAUUGGUCCAGGCUGUCGUGUUGGGUGGGCUGAAGGGACGGCGAAGUUUGCAUAUGGCCUUUCGCAAGCGGGCCAAAAUAUUUCCGGCGGUGCACCAUGCCAGCUCAUGUCGACUUUUGUCAAUGAGCUUUUCGAGAGUAAGAUGAUAGAACAGCAUAUUGCGACGGUUCUUAUCCCACAGGGUCGUCGGCGACAUUUGGCCAUUCUCUCUGCCAUAAGGGAAUAUCUCAGUCCUCUCGGUGCCGUGAUGUCUUCUGAUAGUAUUAGUAGUGCGCCAGGCACAGCAUUAUCUGGGGGGUAUUGUGUUUGGCUCAAGCUUCCCGCUCCUCUCAUGGCGGCUGAGGUCUGUCGGAGAGCAUCCGAGACGCAAAAUUUGACUCUUGGGUGUGGCGAUGUAUUUGAAGUUCCUGGAAGUAGAUCUCCGGAAAAGGAACUUCAUCGAAGCUUGAGGUUGUGUUUCAUGUGGGAGGACGAGAAGAGGAUAGUUGAAGGGAUUCAAAGGCUGGCACAUGUUAUUAAGGAGUUGCUUCAUACUGCUAGAAAUUGA